AAGAGUUCGCCGAGCCGCACUACACGCUUGGAUCCGUAGUGCCGCGAGACAUGCUGGGAUAUGUCGGAUAUGGAUGACGCGCGGGGGGCGGGGCUUGACUUGAGUUUCCCUGGAGUGUCUGUUGGGGUUGGUGGCGUACGCGCGCCGGGUGCCGGUUGGGGAGCGCUGGGUCGGCUGGCCGCGGCCGGGAUGUACCACAGCAGCACGCAGAGGCGGCACUGGACGUUCCGCAGUGAGGAGGAACUGGCCCGCUGCCGAGCCGACGCCAACCGCAAGUUCCGCUGCAAAGCGGUGGCCUGCGGAAAGGCUCGGCCGAGCGACUCGCUGCUUAUGGAGCCCCGGGAGGAGUUGGCAAUCUGUAAAUAUUAUGAGAGGAAACUGCUGGAUUUCUGCUCUGUGUUCAAACCUGCCAUGCCCAGAUCCGUGGUGGGAACAGCUACUAUGUACUUCAAACGUUUUUACCUCAAUAACUCAGUGAUGGAGUAUCACCCUCGAAUAAUAAUGUUAACAUGUGCAUUCUUGGCAUGUAAAGUAGAUGAAUUUAAUGUGUCCAGUGCACAGUUUGUUGGUAACCUUCGAGAGAACCCUCCAGGUCAGGAGAAGGCUCUUGAACAGAUCUUGGAAUAUGAAUUACUACUUAUUCAGCAGCUGAACUUCCAUCUUAUAGUGCACAACCCUUAUAGACCAUUUGAGGGAUUUUUAAUUGAUUUGAAGACUCGUUAUCCAUUGCUGGAGAAUCCUGAGGUCUUGAGAAAAACAGCUGAUGACUUUCUCAAUCGAAUAGCUCUGACAGAUGCCUACCUUCUGUUUACACCUUCACAAAUAGCUCUCACUGCCAUCUUAUCUAGUGCUUCCAGGGCAGGAAUUAAUAUGGAAAGCUAUUUAUCAGAGUGUCUUGCGCUGAAAGAAAACAGAACAUCUCUGUCCCAGUUACUAGAUGGAAUGAAAUGCAUGAAAAAUCUCAUAAAGAAAUAUGAACCACCACGGCCUGAGGAGGUUGCUGUUCUAAAGCAGAAGUUAGAGAAAUGUCACAGCUCAGAACUUGCUCUUAAUACAAACUUAAAGAAGAGGAAGGGCUAUGAAGAUGAUGAAUAUAUUACAAAGAAAUCUAAAAUGGAUGAGACAUUGCCAAGGCAUGAGGAUGCAGGUUCCCUGAGAAGAACUCUCCAUUGUUAAGUUGGUGGAAGGAUCCUUUCCAGGUGUUGUCCACAAGGAUUCUACUGCCUGCCUUCUUUCCCUGAUUCUACAGUCCUUGAUGGAGUCCUGGUCAAGUUGGAUUCUGAAUUGGCAAAGGAACGGGGAGAAAGUUGAGUCCACUUUGCCUUUUAUGUCCUUAGUGAGAGAGAGAGAGGAUAUCCAGGGUACAGGGACAGUCCCAAUGGACACUGUUGAUCAAAAUAAUCUGAUCUCAGGAGUAGGCAUACCACAUGUGGACACCACCAUCAAAACCCCUAGAAUUACUGUGAGAGUAAGUAUUCAUUCUUCCUUUGCUGUGCUUCUAGAUGUUGUACUAUUCACAUACUGUGUUGUACAGAAUAUGAAUACUAACAAAAGUAGCCUCUGGGUGUGUAAAACUAGU